UCGAAGACGAGGUAUUGACCCAGUUUUACGGAGAGUAAAGAAAAUUCGAUUUCAACACUAUUUCACAUAGCAAUAAAGAAAAUACAGAUUGAUUCUGUUAUUAAAACAUGUUAUUUUUGUUGUCACAGUUCCUUUUCUACGGCUCACGAUUAAGAAAUAUACAUAUUUUUCAAACUGUCAAACCAAGCGACACAUGCGCAGUAGAUAGUCUGUCUGUUCGUCUCGGUGCGGUAAUCAAUGGCGGGGGAACGAUGGCUAUUUUCUCAGUCACAACUUAUCAACACCCCCAGCCGAGCAUGUGGGAUAGACUACGACAGAGAACUAUCCUAUAGACAACAGGCUGCCAACUUCAUACAGGACAUGGGACAACGUCUCCAAGUAACUCAACUAUGUAUCAACACCGCCAUUGUCUAUAUGCACCGUUUCUACAUGUUCCAGUCCUUCUCAAAAUUCCACCGCAAUAGCAUGUCAGCAGCUUGUAUAUUCCUGGCAGCCAAAGUAGAAGAACAGCCACGUAAACUGGAGCAUGUUAUUAAAGUGGCUCACAUGUGCCUCCACAGAGAGCCUUUAGACGUGAAGAGUGAGGCAUACCUAGAACAAGCACAAGAACUUGUCAUAAAUGAAAAUAUUCUGUUGCAAAGUUUAGGUUUUGACGUGUCCAUUGACCACCCUCACACUCAUGUAGUUAAAACCUGUCAGUUGGUCAGAGCCAGCAAGGAUCUCGCCCAGACAUCCUAUUUCCUGGCAACCAACAGUCUCCACCUGACUGAUAUGUGCCUACGUCAUAAGCCCACUGUGGUGGCUUGCGUUUGUAUACAUCUGGCUUGCAAGUGGUCCAGUUGGCAGAUUCCAAAGUCCAGUGAAGGCAGAGAUUGGUUCUGGUAUGUUGACAAAUCUGUCACCAUGAAACAACUGGACGAGUUGACCCACGACUUCCUGUCAAUCCUAGAUAAAUGUCCUAGCAAGUUGAAGAAGAAGAUAUUAACGUGGAAGACCUCAUUACAAAGUGGAGGACUUUCAGAAGAGCAACGCAGGGACCAAGAGGGGCCAGACCCAAAGAAAGCAAAACUAGCGCCAUCUACAUCAAGUAGUAGUGCAGCCUCUAAAGGAGCACCCUCAUCUUCAGGCUCAUCAACUAAAGUGGCGCCAUCUGCUACAGUGACUUCAUCUUCUGCUGGCGUGGCUGGAAAUGGUGCCCACCCACCGCAGAAGAAAGCUGAGCAUGGGAACAUUUUUCAAAAGUUUGAACAAACAGAGACUAAGACACUGAAAACUGACAGUGCCGGAAGUGGUCAUCCUGGUCAAGGGAUUUCUGCCAUGACCUCCAGCUCGACUCACAAGCCACCCGAAAAACACACCACGUCGCUCAAAGAGUACCGAGAAAGGAAGGAGAAAAGUGCCCAGGAACGCUUGGUGCAGAAAAUGAGUAGCAGCGCUGAUGUUAAAGUGGAGGAGGAAUUAGAACCAGGUGAGAUUCCUGAGGACUCUCCUCAUCCCAAACAGCACUCGGGUGACCAGCGCCGAUCUCAUUCUCACUCAGAGAUGAGGUCUGGUAAAGAGCCUUCCCACAGGACUGACCCUUCUCACAGGGAGAAAUAUUUGGCCGAUUUACAUCGUAGGAAACUUGGCGAGUCUCGGUCAGCCACUGAUCAAAGAGCUGGUGAUGACAGGACUCGUGUGGCAUAUGAACGUGAGAGGGGAGGAGCAGGCGACUCCACAUUCACUAAGCACUCCACCCACUCUUCUAGACCUGAAAAGCAUGGGUUUUCUGGAGGGCAAAGGUCAGAUGGUCGUCGGGAGGGCUCGGGUCAAAGGUCACAUGGGCAGUCUAGGCAUGAACAGCAAAGACACGAAUCAGUAACGAGGCCUUCUGCGAACAGUUAUAGCUCAGAGCAGCAACGCAGCCUUGAACUAAGCGUACAUAAUCAACAGCACUUUAACGAAAUUAAGAAAGCUGCUGCUAAAGAUCGCCACAGUGUUGGCCACCCAGGUAGCAGUAGUAUAGGUGGGUCAGGUAGCUCCUCUGUGCCACCUUCAGGAAAACAUAGUGGUAGCACAAGAUCUCACACUUCUGCAAAACAUCCUGCUUCUGAGUCGCGCAAACGGGAACUAAGUCCUGCUGGUGGUCCGCUGAAAUUAAAAAUAUCUACCUCAUCUUUAAAGACAACAUCCCCACACGCCCCACCACCACUGAAAGUACAGCGACGUGAUCAGAUGUCGUCUUCGUCAUCUCAGAUUACUGUUCCGCCUCCACCAGUACCUGCAGAUUCACUACAGAGUGAGGUCCAAGCUGCAUUGUUUUCCGACAGUGAACACAAUGGCAGUAACACGGGAUCGCCUCAAGUCUCCCAACCUUCAACACCAACUCAAGAUGCACUGACCAAGAUUCAGAUGAAUCUGCAGCAAGUCAUUGAGAUGAAAAAAGCCACGUUACAUCGCCAGUUGCAGCAACAGCAGCAUCAACAGCAGUUUCCCCCCUCCUCAGGGACUUAUAAUGCUAGCCAGCAGCAGCAAAACUUUCCGUAUGGACAGCAAAGUCACCAAUUGCCACCAAUGCCAGACCAGCCACCUCCUCCGCCUCCACCACCUCCGCCCUGAUCGCCCACCGGAGGAACACUCUCUACCUAUUAUGGGAGAUAUCUGGAACGAGGUUGAUGUAUGAAAUUUCUGCUUUAUAUUAACUGGAGAGUUUUCAUCUAGCCCACUCCAGUGAAAGGAUGUUAUCAAUGCAAUUACGGAGAUGGGUCUGUAAAUUUUGAAGCCUUAUGUUGCUAGUUGGGGUUGGAAAAAAAAGUGAGCAUACAAAACAUAAAUCCAGAUUUCUUGAUAAUAAGCAGUUACUCGUUAUUUUUACUAGUACAAGGCUAAAGUUCAUUUAAUGCUAGAGUCUUCAUUAGAUAAUGGGUAUGGACUCUUUGGAUCCCUACAAAGAUGGGGGGAGGGGUGCAUUUCUCAGGCACUGUUACAUUAUAUAAGAGUGUACAAAUUGCCUUCUUCAGGUUCCUUAAUUGGAAACCCAAAGUAUAAUAGGAAUGCCCUGUGUAUGCAAACUGAAUCUUUUAAUGUUGCCCUGGAAAUUCUACUAGUGGGAUAUGCAUGCUUUUCACCUUAGACCAGGCACAAGGAAGCUAACAGAAAAAAAAAAUACCUAAAAAGUACUGGUCUCUCUGUGGUGCACGGAGUUCUGUGUUAUUCUGAUGUUGCAGAUUGGGGUGCAUUAUUGUGCCAUCUUAAUCAGAAGGAAAAAGGGGGUGUUUGGUGCAGGGCACUUUGCAUUUCUUUUGUGAUUUAUUUAUUAUCAUUUAUUUUAAUGAUUUUGAGAAAAGAUCAUUUGCGAGUAGCUUCUCCUGCAAGCUUUGACCACUGUCCUAAGUAGUGGGGAAGAAAUUGUGCCAACAAAAUGGGUAGCGAGGUUCAUUUGAUUUGAUGCUCGUAGAAAUACUUAUUGUACAACUUACUUCACUGUUUGUAUAUGUAAUCCCAAUUAAUCAAAUGUUAAAGUGGUCAAAAAUGGGGUCUACUUUUUUUUUUUUUUUUCUUUUUUUAAAUAGGAAAAUGCGUAAGUUGAUGUCUGUUUGUAAAUUUGUUUUGUCUGGCAACAAUUAAGUGAUGAAUGUUGCACCAGAUUUUGUAUUGAAUGUGAUAGUAGGGAUUCUAUUGGUAGAAUACCAAGAAGGUACUCCUUAAAUGUUCCAAAAAAGUUUCUAUUCCUCUUUUGCGGUUGUAAUGCUCUGCUAAAUUGUCACUCAUCAAUUCUCUCAGUUAAAAGUAGUUUACAUAUUGAUCGUUGUUUUAUUUAUGGAACCAUUUGAAAUUAAUUCAGCACAAACAUACUUAUGUACUACAGAAAAAAAUCAAUUUGUUGAGUUUACCUUUUUGCAGGGAGCGACUUUAGCUUAGAGUGUUUCUUCAUGUUAAAUUUGGUAAAUAGAUAUGUGUAUGGUGUGAGGCAGCUUUGAGGGUAUUUUUUGUAUAAUAUCACUGUUAUAAGUGGUACAGAUUUUGUUGCUUGCUGACAGAUUGCCCACUACAGGUAUUGCAACUAGAAAUGUUUUUGUCUGCUCAACAAUGUGGUUAUCAUUGCAAAGUCUUGCUAUUGAAAAUUUGUCCACCGUUCCUCAGCGAAGUUUAUGAAAGGAAAAUGUUAUCAUGUAACCUUGGUGUAUUGUGUGGAUAUGAAGUUGGUUAUUUAUAUUCUGCUUAAUACUAUUUGGUAAUUAAGAUAAACCUUGGUAAUAAAGAUACUUUUCUGAGCCUU